CUUUAAACCCACAAGUCCCAUGGCUCACACUCCCCUCAAGGAAGCACAGGCACAGGCUGCUUGCGUCUCUUCAGCUACAGGGCUUGCUUUCCAUUGUUCUUGAGCAGGGCGCUAUGGGGCUAAGUGAUGAGGAAUGGAAGAAGGUCGUGGACAUCUGGGGGAAAGUGGAACCAGACCUCCCCUCCCAUGGGCAGGAAGUGAUCAUCAGAAUGUUUCAGAACCACCCGGAGACCCAGGAUCGCUUUGCCAAGUUCAAAAAUCUGAAGACGCUUGAUGAGAUGAAGAACUCAGAAGAUCUCAAGAAGCAUGGAACCACGGUCCUGACUGCCUUGGGAAGGAUCCUGAAGCAGAAGGGGCACCAUGAGGCAGAAAUUGCCCCACUGGCACAGACCCAUGCCAACACACACAAAAUCCCCAUCAAGUACCUUGAGUUCAUUUGUGAAGUAAUUGUCGGCGUCAUUGCAGAAAAACAUUCUGCCGACUUUGGGGCAGAUUCCCAAGAGGCGAUGAGGAAGGCUUUGGAGCUGUUCCGGAAUGAUAUGGCCAGCAGAUACAAGGAGCUCGGGUUCCAGGGCUAGUGAGGAUGGCAGGCAACAUUUCCUUGGUGAGAGACGAGCAGCAUAGUGUAGGCGUGUGCUCAGCUUAGGAGGAGAAUAUUCUCAUGUAACUUUACAGAACAGUAGUUCGCAUCAGGUUGAAAAAUUCUCGGAGACUAAGGCUCAAAGUGCACAUGGUGGAGCGCGGGCCCACAUCUUUUUAAGUCAGCUCUACACCAUUCAGAUGGGGAGCUUUGGGGCAUGGGCAGGAUUUAAACUUUAGAUUUUAAAGGGUAAGAGGCGAGCAGGGCUGCAGUGGAGCCUGGGCUUGCAGGGUCAAAGGCUUGGGCCAUAUUGAUUAGCGGGAAGUUGUUGUCAUCUGCUGCCACCUCCAGCUUUCCCCUUCCACAAGAAAGGCCACUACCCUGGAUCAGACCAAAGGUUCAUCCAGUCCAGCAGCAAGCCAGCUGCCCACUGGAUCCCUCAGACAGCCCCCCUCUUGCCCAUCAAAAUUAGUAGCCACCAAAAGUAUUUUCUUCCUUGUUGAUGCAACAUCUUUUGAGGUGGCUCAAUUUCAACAGGCAAAAGACCCUUUAGAAAACUGGUUUGUUGACAUGGCUCAAGACAGUGGCCUGCAUUUUGGGAUUCUUUCCCAAGAUGUGGUUCUGGGCAUUGUCAUGAUGAGCAUCUUUUUGGCCUGCCAUCCGUAUUCGAGUGGUUGGUUGCCAGAAGUUGUCUCCACCCCUCAACCAGGCCCCAGUACCAGAAUUGCACCCACCUGGGAGAAAGGUGUGCAGGGGAUUACCCCUUUUUCAUUGGCCUUUUAAAUCCUACCCUCAGCUUUAGAUAUGAAUGGGUGAAAAGGCUGCUGCCAUCAUAUGCAGCUUGAACUGUUAACUGUGGCUGCUUUUGCUCUUCAGUAUAAACUUUGCAAUGUUUGGCUCGAUAGAAUAAAGAUGAUCCAUAAAAGACAUAGAGAUGACUGCGCUGAUUCAUUAAAAAGUUACCUGAGGUAUCAUCCUCAGUACCUUGGCUAACAUCCUGAUGUCAUACUAUGGGAAGAAAUGACAGAGUGCUUAGUAAUACCUGGGGGAAAUGUUCCCAAAGACCAUCUUGAGGUUGUGUUCAGCUGUCUAGCUGUGGCAUUUUGGGCGACGUGGGAAGAAGGUAGGUGCACAAUCAGGAGACCUUGUGUCCUGGCUACCCCAGUUUUUCCUCGCCUUGCCCCUGGAACACCCUCUAGUCCUUCUCCAAAGUUGAUUUUCCAGCUUCAGAGAAGCAGCUGACAUGGUUCUGCAUCAGCUGCAAGGUGGCAGUGGGGGAGUGGUAUUUAGGCAUGGGUCCCCAGCUCUGAGGCCAGAGUUCUGUUUCUGACCUUGGAUCUGGGAAUCCAAAAGCUCCUAUGCCCCCUAGUUGCAGCUGGGGUGCCAUAGGAUUGCUCCCUUAACUUUUAGACAGCAAGUCAUGAAGGAUGCUCUCCUUCCACUCUUGUUCCUUUGCAAACAGGAUCUCAGUUUCACCUGGCAUCGGACAGGAGAUAUAUAUGAGAUGCCAAAGCAGUGAAUGACGUCAGUGGGACAAAAUCUGGCAACCCGGGUGAACUGGAAUUUCUGGGUGGAAUGGAAUAAUCUGUUAUGGCUAGGAUGACUACGGACAAGUGUGGGCCUACUGUAUACUUUGGCUACGGAGUUGCAAAGUACUUUGGCUGGAAAAACAUGGGUGACUCAGUUUUUGGGUCUGGCAGGGUGUGACUUCAGAGAAGGCUUUUUAGAGGAGUGGUUCUUUUUCAUAUGAUUUCAUUCAGAAAACUGGAUAUGUCUAAAUAUUAAGCCAUGUAUGUGUUGGUUUCUGGUAUAUUAAGGACGGUGUGUAAUGUUCCUCACAGGACUUACCUGCACAUGCCAGAUCCUCCAGGUGCUGCCCACAUCCUUGCCACCUUAACAUUCACAUGUGGCCUGAUGUCAUCCUAUCCUGUGAUGUCAUAGAGCUUAGGAAGAGUUGCCAAAUUAGAGAUGCUGAAGCACCCGUUCUUGCUUGUUUAGUUGCAGCUUUCCAAACCUGAGUUCUGUGGGACUUGCUACCAGGUGCAUGGCCUUUGGCUGAAAUCUUAUAUCUAAUUACCUGGGCAUAAAGCUCACUGAAUGUACGCAGAGUGUACAUGCAUAAGAUUGCACAGUUAAUCUCCAAAGACUUUUGUGCUAACCCUGCUGAUGAACUAUGUUUAAAAGUGUAUUUCCCUCUGAUCCUUAGAAGCUGCUUCACACUUCAGUAUGUUACACUAAAUGGCAAGCUGUGUGUAUUUUAAUUUAAUAAACUGUAUUUCCUUGA